AUGGCGCAGGCAGCACCAGCUAUAGAGCAAGUCCAAUGCUUUGGCCGUAAGAAGACGGCGGUGGCCGUCACCUACUGCAAGCGCGGCCGCGGUCUUAUCAAGAUCAACGGCUGUCCAAUCGAGCUCGUCGAGCCAGAGAUUCUCCGCUUCAAGGCCUUCGAGCCCAUCCUCCUCCUCGGCCGUCACCGCUUCGCCGGCGUCGACAUGCGCAUCCGAGUUAAGGGCGGCGGUCACACCUCUCAGAUCUACGCCAUCCGUCAGAGCAUCGCAAAGGCUCUCGUAGCCUACUACCAGAAGUACGUCGACGAGCAGUCCAAGAAGGAGAUCAAAGACAUCCUCGUGAGGUACGACCGCACGCUCCUCGUUGCUGAUCCUCGCCGCUGCGAGCCCAAGAAGUUCGGUGGUCGUGGUGCUCGCGCCAGGUUUCAGAAAUCUUACCGUUGA